UGAGCAUUCCAAAUGGCGGUCGUUCGAGCAUUUUGUUAUUUAUGAAUGGAGAGUUAAUGCAUCAUUCGAAAAGUCUUUAUGAAAAGGGCAUAAUAAAGAAUCGCAAGAUGUUGACGCAAUCCCAAUAUCCCGACUAUAAAUUUGUCUGCAGAAUAAAUCACAUUAAAACCUUUCACGCGGCCAUCAAAUCGAUUUGCUUCAGCGAUUUUGGAACUUUUCUAAUUAGUGAAGAUGGCAUGCGCAUUACGGUCGAUCAGGCAAAAUCCAUACAGGCUACUGUGUAUAUGGUGCCCAGUUUCUUUGAAGAAUUUUAUGUGCAAGAUUUACAAAGCUUUGGCAUAAAAGUCAAUGUCCUGGCCGAGUGCCUGAGCCUGUAUGGCCUAGCCGAUUGCGGUGUGAAGCUGCUUUACAAAGGUGAUGGAGCUCCCCUGAUGAUUCUCUUGGACCCGCACGAUGAUGAGGACUUAAGUACCGAAUGUGCCAUAAAGACUAUGAACGUGGAUGAACCUAUGGAAUACGAACUGGAUGUAAACAGUUCAACCUUAAAUACUCUCUUUAUACGUGGGCCUGAUUUGUCCAAUAUAUUCCAUGAACUGGACAAGGCUGCCGAGGAAUUUGAAUUCACUAUUUCCCCCAGAAGUCCUCACUUUAAAAUAACCACUCUUGGUGUCAUCCAAUCCGAGUCAAGUGUGGAGGUGGCCAAGACUUCUGAUAUGAUGUUAAUGUUCAAUUGCCAAUCCACAACUGUGGCUCGCUAUAAAAGCCAACAGAUUCGAAUGACCAACAAAUCCCUACAGGUGGCCACGAAAGUGGCCAUUAAAACAGAUAGCAGUGGUCUCCUGGAGUUGCAUUUUAUGCUGCAAGCGGAGAAUCAAGAGGACAUUUAUGUUCAGUUCUUUGUAACGCCUCUGCUAGACAUUGAAUGAAAAUAUGAUUUUCGUUUUUUUUGAAUACCCCAAACGCGUUAUCGAUAAAAAAAAGAAAGAUAUUUAUCAAAAAUUAAUUAAGGAUUUUGAUCUGUUAUACAUUUAUGUAGAGUAAAUAGAAUAGCUAGUAAUAAUUACACUAAACUAA